AGGAAAAGCCACUCUGAUGUACCCAAGGGCACUUUCACGUGGAAAACCACGUGAAAAUGGUGCCAUCAGAAGAUCUUACUCUAGAGAAACCGUCUUUGCUCUUAACACUCACGGAGAAAGGAACGGUACCGGAAGAGGAAGAGCUGGGAGAGGGGGGCGUGGUCGUGGCUUUGGAAGAGGGGGAGGCAGAGGAGGAGGAAGGAGUGGAUGUGAUGAGGACAGAGCACAGGGGCACAACCCCCGUCAGAUAAGGCUGGGAUUCAAAGCACUCCAGGAACUGAACACUAAAACCCCUGACGAAAUCAUUCUGGAUUUGACGUCAAGCCGAUGUUUCCCAGCUACCGAGUUUUUACUGAACCAACAAUCAGUCAUGAAGGAUGACUGGAUUGUACUGACAGUGAGUAUCGUUGCCAAGGCCUGCGGUUGUAGUUCCAAGGAGUACUUAAUCAAGCUACUAAACCUUCUGCCCAAAUCACUAUUCUUCUCUGCACAUCUAAGACCACUCCUCAACAGGCUGUCCGCUUGCUCCAUGCCUUCCACAGAAGUAGCCAAGUUUCUAAAAAAUGCUCUGAAAAUAAUGAAGGAGUUGCUUCGAAUAUUCCCGAACUCAUACGCCGACCUUCCAGUGUCUGAGUUGUACUGUGGAAUCAGGUUGUAUUCAGACACCCAACAGCCUGAUGGUGCCCUAGUGGCAGAAGGAGAGGAACUGAUGAAGCUGAGGAGUCAAAAGGCAGAUGAGCUGAAGAAGGUGGAGGAAGAAAAACAGCACAGAGGGAGACCACGGAGAGACGGUGAGUGUGCAUAAUACUGAAGAUGAUACGAUUACGGCUGUAUUUACGUUAAAAAGCUGUUGUUUAGUGUUUUUUUUGUGGUGAGAUAAGUCGCCCAACAUACCUAAGCACUCCCCAAAAAAUGUAGUUUUACUCGUUGCAGUUGCAAACGGUUGCAAUCACCAAAUGGCGUCGUAAUACAAAAGAUUAAAAGAAACAGAACUACACCCACACCAAAAAUAAUGUUGCCACACGUCAAAUUGUUCGUCAUUUUUUGUUAUAGCUGGAGAGAACGAUGAUGUAGAUCCACCUGAUAAUUUCCGUGAGUACAGCGUUAUACCAACGCAACAGGACAUCUCGAAAGGAGAACGUCCCUUCCUCAGAAGGAACAAAACUGAUGGAAGCUACAAUGACGCGGAACAUUAUUUGGACGUGCAAUUUCGUCUCCUUCGUGAAGACUUCGUGAGGCCGCUACGUGAAGGAAUUGCUAAGCUGUUAGAGCGCAUUGGCUCUGCCAAGCUUGGUGCCUUUCAAGACAUCCGCGUGUACAAAGAUGUCCGACUGUUAUACCCUGUAUGCACGACGGACGGACUUCGGUACAGGAUUAAAUUUGAUAACACCAGCCUAAGAAAUGUGCGCUGGGAGAAUAGCAAACGAUUGAUCUUUGGUUCGCUGAUGUGUCUUUCUAAGGACAAGUUUGAAAGUUUUGUGUUUGCUACCAUAGCCAAUCGCGAUCCUAAGGAAUUAAAGCAGGUAAGUUUUCAUCCUUUUCCACACAUUCUUCCUCUAACAGUCUACCAAGAGAAGAUGAGCUGAUUCUACCUAAUAUCAUCCUCGGAGACCCGGGGGGUAUUCAGUCGGGUCGUAAGAAACGGUGCAGCGAAGGUUUCAAGCACGUGCGGAAGAGCUCCCGUGCCAAAUAACGUUCUUCGCACCGUUUCUCCCGACCUUACUGACUGCCCCAGGGUCUCUGAGGAUGAUCUAAUUAACAAUUAUUCCACGAGGGCGCGUUGGAUAUGAGAUGGUAAAUAGCCAACGAGGCGCGUAGCGCCGAGUUGGCUAUAAUCAUCUCAUAUCCAACAAGCGCGAGUGGAAUAAUUGUUUUAUUAAAAACGCCCACAAAAUCUCUUUGAAUCUCCCCUACUUAAUUUUGUUAGAACAAACCGGAAAAGACAAGGGACUUCCGCUAUUCAUAUGUCACACGUCUAUCAAAACUGUCAACGCGCGAACGGACUCGCCUGGACUGGAUGAAUGAAAAAUCAAAACAUUGUAGCGAUGAACACUUUUAAAAACUCAUCGAGAUUCUAGGAUUUUACACAGCUCGACAGCUAAAAAAACCUGGCAGAUAAUGUGAAGAAAAAGAAUUUUUAAGUAACAGCCGUCGAAAUUACUGUGAAUUUGGAUUUUCGGGGCAGUUACAAAAGUAAGAACAAAGGAGAAAAACUGAUUACCUCGGUCGCUUGUUAUGAAGUUGUUUGAAGCCACCAGCGGGUUUUGUUGAACGAGAAAAGAAGCUAUACUGACGCCUCGAUUGCUGUAGUGAAUGGCUGCAUAGCCUGUAUUCUGGUUGCUUGUGAUUUGUACAUUCUUCAUGUCGGAUAAACAAGCCGCAGUCAUCUAUCGGCGAGUGAAUCAUGAAGAAACAACACUUGUCUUCUUUCGUAGCUGGUCAAGGUACUUUAGUUCCAUGUAUUUUCAUGUGUUUUUCGAUAAACUUUAAAACAAGCUCUUGUGGCUUUUUUGUUUGUUUGUUAUUUUCCGGAUGAAAUUGCAUUUUCUAGUAUUCUAAGAAAUGAAUUAAAACGAUUUGCUUCGGGCGCCGUUCUCUCCUUCGCGGAAAAAAUUCUCAGCUAGCUUCCAAUUUUAAACUGACGCGUACACCGACCAUAUAUGGAGAGCAUGGUAUAAUAGCUCAUAUACCAUAAUGGCUAAGUCAAUCAAAACGCUAGAAUUGCAUUAUCCAAUGAUUCAGUUUUUAAUAAUAUCGAUUAGACCACGUGUAGUAGAGCUAGCGAAACGGGAGCGUGCGUGAAAAUCACCGCACGCGAGAAAAGGCGAUACGCGGCGGGGAGGAUUUUUCUCUCUCCCCGUCGCGAGUCCUUUCUCCCGUGGGGUGAUUUUCACGCGCGCUCGCGUUUCGCUCCCUCCACUAUCCCUGGGGGAAAAUGGGGGACUACUCGUAGUCUAAAUAUCGAUAAUAAAUACUUAAAAAUCAUCCAGAAUUUUUUCAGCUUUUGUGACCCUGAAUUUUCGAUAGAAGAAUAUUUCCGCUUAUUUUAACGUAAACCAACCGAAGCGAGGCAAAAUUAGUCUCAAACCGGUUUUCUUCCACAACAAAUUAUCUUGUCUGACGUUUUGCCCCAUCACACCCCUAAUUUUCAGUUCAACAAUGAGAACUUUAUCACAGGGUCCAGAGGAGGUUCGUGUGAAUAAAUGAAUUACUUCUUCAAAGUCUCACCUUGAAAAAUGUCUGUACCUGUCGCUUAGCACGAUUAAUUAGCCCGAUGGGAUCUUUGUAAAUCUACUGUAAGCCGAUCUUGCGAGCCCUCAGUCUUUUGGUUUGCGGUCUAUAGAUUGUGUAACGAAACUGUAACGCGAUCAAAAUAACCCAUUUUUUCAGAGGUUUUCGACGGGUUUUGAUGUUCUAACGACAAACACAUCUCUUCUGGACCCUGUGCUUUAUCCAUCAUUUAAGAGCCAUUUUCUGAGAAAAGCGAGAAUCGCAAGACACUCGUCAAAAAAUCGAAUUUUUUAUUAUUUUGCCAAAACAUCCCUUUUAGUGACCUAAUUUAAGGAAAAAUAGUUUUGGGUUCAAACGAUUCAUUUUAAAGGAGAAAUUAAAAAAAGUUUGAAAAAUCGAUUUUAUUCCUGUUUUUCGAACAAAACACGGCAGGAUGCAAUGGCAACUUCGAGAGAAGGGUGAACGCGUAAGAAACAUUCCCUGACAUUGAAACUUCACCGAAUUAUUAUUUUGUUCUUACUCUUGAAAACCUUAAAAAGAAAAUUUGAAAAACAAUGUCUUAUAUUUUUAUAAUCGACAAGUCUAAAGAGGUCAUAUUUGUGACGUUAGACAUGCUAGAAAACGAAGGCCAACUUUGACUAUUAAAAAAGGCCUCUGGUAUAUGCCGCUUGAUCAUAAAAUCAAUAUAAAAUGGAACCUUGGCUUUUGUACUAACUUACUGGAAAGUUUUAGCUCUGGAAAUCAAAUACCAUCCUGACACCAAAGCAAGCGGUGAGAGCAAUUGAAUUGGGAAAUUUAUGCAAAUUAGACGGCUUGCGGACGGUUGUCAAACUAAAAGAAAGGUUUUACAUGAAAGGAUUACUCACCAUUGCUUGUAACACGUUUUUACGGCAAGGAAAGUUAUUUCCAACUUCUGUUGCGUCGAUUUGAGUCACAAAAUCCAUAAUUUUAAGCCAAAAGGUCCAAAAGACAAACGUACGUUUGCUCAGCGACUGCGCCAGAAUCCGGCCGUGAAUCGAAAUAAAGUCACAACACGUCACUGCGGUCCUUUGGAAGCAAGAGUUGCAAGAGUUUUUACUUCAGUCAGGAGGCCAAAAGAUUGAAAAUUCAUCGCAAACUAAUGACUUCGAUUUUGAAAACCUUUCAUCACUUCAAUCGUUCGUCGGCUGAUAAUAAACAUUGCACAAGAUCGUAUGACCUUUGGCGUGUGACCGGAAAUCGGUCACACGCUUAUGUCACGUUAGCAUACUGUCACGAAUUUUAAUACGAUUUUUCACGUUUGCUUUCGACAAAAAAUAGACUCAUCGAAAUAAAAUCAGGCCUGCUUUAUUUGUUUGUUUGUUUUUUAAUUUCUUUUAUAGCCUGCAGAACUUGUUCCCCAUGCAUCGCGCGUGUCUCGCACCCCCAGUCCGCUUCGCAGUGCUAGCAUGAGAAGCGCAAAAAACUGAAAUUGACCCCUGUUCUGCAGUUGAUUUCUUUUAUAGAUACCUUCUAGGCAUUGACAGGCUGUGAAAAAAGUGUAUUUUUUUAUUAUUAUUUUUUGAAAUGCUACAUCAUUUUCCUAUAAAUUUCAAACGUGACUGCUAAAAGACUGUUUGGAACCUAUGGAUGGAGAAAAGCUGUGCCGGAGAGAAGGUCAACCUCCCAGCCGAGCCAACUUUUGCGAGCGUUUGUAUGAGGAAAAAACUGACCACUUUGUCCGAGUCAACAGUGCUGGCGCAUGCUGUCUUUGUCUAGCCUUGACCGUGUCGUCCCAGCUAGCUGGGCGAGCCAAAGUGAAGAAAUAUUAGCCGGGCUAGAAGGGUGAGGCCACCACUACCGGCUCAGUGGAGGGCUGACUUCCGGAAGCCCUCAACCCCGCCCACUACUGGUAGUAAGGCGUCUAUCCGAACCAACCUUUUGUUUCUCAUAUAAAUGGUUUACCAAGUUUUGUAAGGAAAUGGAUGAAAAGUUGGCUCGCCCAGGGUAGCUUGGGAGGUGAGUAAACACCAGAUAACCCCAAUAAUAAGCACAAACUUUGAUUGUCAGUUAGAUGUCCACUAUUUUAAGUAAGCGACCUGGCAUGUGAUUGUCGCAUCCAUGCCCCCUUCCAGAUCCCCUUUAUUAUCGGUAAGCCUCUGAUAGGUCAAAGUAAUACAGUCGUACCUCCAGUAAGCGACCACCAAAAAUGCAAAGACUUAAUGGUCUCUAACGGGAGGUGGCCGUUUAGAAGAAUCGGACCACAUGGGGUCUAUUCCGAGAAGAGGUCCGGGCACUUUCUAUUAAAUGGCGGUGUAACAAAUUUCUGGCAAAAUAUUAUCUUUUACCUCUUUUGAAAAAUACAGCUCUUAAUUCAUGCUCAAUUUAAAGAGGGAUUCAGGUGAGUGAGAUAUAGAAUAGUCUAGAAUCACAACAGAAUCUUCACUUUGUUGGCUACAUCUACUAAGUUAGGAUAUGUGUAGUUCCACGAUGUCACUAAAGGUCUUUAUAUCUUCCAAGGAACAUAGUGCACACAGCAAAAAUAGAGAGCAGAGAAUGCGUCAACUGGUCGCUUAUGGAAAACAAUUAACCGUGACGCCCAAAAAGUGGUCGUAGUCACUUACAGAAGGUCGUUUACUGGAGGUUCCAAAUGUAAGGCUUUGAAUGGGAAAAUUUGGUCUUUUGGAUUGGCGGUCGCACAUGGAGGUUCGACUGUGUUAGGUCUAUUAGAGUAUGAGCCACCAUCACCUCACUGUGAGUGACGAGAGCCAGGAACGUAUAGUAUACACUCCCUUAGGAUACACAGAAUCGUUGUUUUGAGGUCCCGUUUAGCGAAAUGGAUCAUUCAAGGGAGGUGCUGAAGUCCCUUAGUGAAAUUUAUAGGGUUUAUGGGUUUUUAGUGCAAGGCGAAACACAAUACUUAGGGCCCUGUUGUUCAAACGUUGAACAACAGGAAAUCACUAUCAAGCGAAUAAGAAGAAGCAAUUGCGUUACUUAUUGGAUAUAGAUUUAUCCAGGGGAAAGCGUUAGUCCCGGGGGCGUUAGUCAACUUUUCGAACAUACAGCCCCUAAGUCACUCUCCUCCGCAGACUUACCCUGGGCGACCAGGAUAGGGGAAUAUAAUACUCGACCUUCCUUGCAUCAUCGCGAGAGCCUAUAGCCUUCACUUUCUUUUGGCUCGUCCUAUAAUCCUACCCAACGUUCGUGGGACAGGAAAGUCUGCGUGCGAGGCUUGGGAAUCUAGGGAGACUAUGGUAGCAUGGUGCAAAUAGCCGGGAUGAGCUACUUUGUCCACACGAACCAAGAGGAUUGUGUCUGCUAGAAGAAAUCAGAUGUAGCUUUCUGUGAUAAGUAAUAUUCCAACAGUAUAGGAUCAUAGUUUGAAGCCAUUUCACAAUCACUAGUUUCCGCGCACCUCUACCGGCGAGUUGUGGACAAAAGCAGCUGAUAGCUGUAUACGAACCUUUUUUCCACAAAAUGGUUUCUGGGUUUUCGUAUUCGACAGUGUCAUGUAUUGAUUUUUUAAAUCUUAAUCGAGGUCUUUUUAUUAUGUACUGUCUAUCUGACUGACUGUUUCUUUUGUUUUUUUUUUUUCUGGUAAUAACAGGUUUCAUAAUUUGGUCGCGGUUGGGGUUAUAGGCUCCUGAUCGUGAGCAAAUAGCGAAAACCAAAGUAAACUAUAGCGUUGAAUCCGUUGGCCACGGAGAAUUGGUAUUAUUCUGCAAGUUCUUUACUACAGCAAGAGAGUAUACUCCCUUGACUACGGGACAUUGGGCCGGGGGAACUUAGUAUUUUGACCCGGCAUAGGGGAGGAGGGGAGGGGGAGGGGGUACCCUGGCCAGAUUCCAAGUCACGGGGAUGAUCGAAGUAUGUUUUUUCUUGGUUUGAAAGUAUUUUGAACAAAAAAAAAAUUUUUUUAGCUGUGGCUUUACUUAAAGGGGCUAUGUCACCCAACACGCAUGCGCGAGCCAAUGAAAACAAACUUGAAAAAGACAGCCCAACUUUUUCAAGUUGUGUCGGAGAUUUUGGAAGGCUGUUUUUAUCUGUCUAAAUCUCAGCCAUCGUUCGAUAGUUAGCGAAGUUUUGUAUUAAGAAUCAUUCUAUGGUGAUUACAGAACAAUUUUAUGGCGUUAUUUUAAAAUUGUUUGCCUGUGGAAUGUUUUUACGUGCAUUUACUGUGUCCUCUUAUCAGCGGCCGUUGUAAUGGCAGAGUUAAUGACGGCUACUCCACAAUGAGUGAUGGAAUCUUUGAUGCAAUCUUCCCUAUAGUUCACAGGACCUUUCUAUUGAGUUAUUUUAGAGGCUGCUGGCUCUUGGAUUUUUCUUGUGCUCAAAGUAUGUGGACAUAUAAUGAAGCGGCUAUCGAGUUGGCGGCGGCCGUUUUUUGUAAACUAUUACAAGAGCAUCAGGCCAUGAGUUUCGUGACGAAACUAAACUCCUGGCGAAGGAAACAUUCUAAAAUUCGGCUAGAUUCCUUCUUGUAUUUAUCUCGAUUCACGGCAAAGAUAAACACGACCGUUUGCUCGUCCAGAUUGUUCUCAACGGACUUAGAGAGGCACCUUAGUACGAGUUAGAUCCUGUAAAUGCCAUGUUUUUGAACUGUUUGUGUUGGAGCAUAAUUUUGGAAAAUAGCAGAGUUUGCUUUCCCUUUUUAUCAACGGACUGCUUAUAGUGGAGUAGUAUACCAAUGAUGCUGGGUUCUGUUUUUCUCGACGUCGCAGUGAUUCGGCACGAUCGAACAAUUUUGCGCGAUAAUGUAUGUUUCCCUAAGAUCAAAACAAAGACUUGGUUUCUUGUUCUAUCAGCAUCUAAAUUAUAAAAUCAAUAGCGACAGACUAGUCUAAUUGUUAAUGAUUUGAAACAGUCUUGGUCUUUAUCUUCGGUCUAGCGUCUUUUGUAGCUCGUUUGUAAAAUACAACUUCCAUUUAUUUUGUUGAAUAAGACAAUAUGUUGUUGUUGAAUUUUUGUUUGCGCUCUAUUUUAUGAAUGGCAUGCGUUUUUACUUCAAAACUACAAGUAAAAUUGUCGUCGCAAUUUUAUUCUUGAUCUAGCAUAACCAGAGAAGAAACGCUCCAUAAAUUCUAUCGAAAUAUCCCUUAUCUAAAACCAUUUCGCUAAACCUCUCUAAAUUCGGAACCUUGGACGUGACAGAGAACAUGAAGAAAGUCACGCGUUAAAAACAAUAGAAUUUUGACAGUUGAAAGUAAUUUGCAUAACCUCACAGCGCACAUGGAGAAAGUCACGCGUUAAAAACAAUAGAAUUUUGACAGUUGAAAGUAAUUUGCAUAACCUCAGAGCGCAUGCUCUCCAGCUGACAUAGCCCCUUUAAGUAUUCAAAAUAUUCGUUCUUUUUUGGUCUUGAUUUUCGCUUCCACGGGUCACUCACGACACUUGGAAUCCGAGGUACCCCUCCUGUUUAGUACUUCGAAGGCAAAAAAGCUGUUUCCAAGCCUAGUAGGUAAAUAAAAGAAAAAUAAAUAUGCAUGGCUGUUUCUACUGCGAUGAGGGGAGUUCUUGUCAAAAAAUGUGAAAACUGUAUUAAAAUUGCUGACAACAGCUACGAAAAUUUCGUGACAGCAUGCUGACGUGACUGAAGCGUGUGACCAAUUUCCGGUCACACGCCAAAGGUCAUACGAUCUUGUGCGAUGUUUAUUAUCAGCCGACGAACGAUUGAAGUGAUGAAAGGUUUUCAAAAUCGAAGUCAUUUAUAGUUUGCGAUGAGUUUUUAUUCCUUUUGCCUCCUGACUGAAGUAAAAACUCUUGUAACUCUUGCUUCGACGCGUUGGGACUUUCGAUUCACGGCCGGAUUCGGACGCAGUUGCUUAGCAAACGUACGUUUGUCUUUUGGCUAAAAAUUAUUUAUUUUGUGACUCAAAACGACGCAAAAGAAGUUGAAAAUAACUUUCCUUGCCGUAAAAACGUGUUACAAGCAAUGGUGAGUAAUCCUUUCAUCUAAAACCUUUCUUUUUAGUUUGACAACCGUCCGCAAGCCGUCUAAUUUGCAUAAAUUUCCCAAUUCAAUUGCUCUCACCGCUUGCUUUGGUGUCAGGAUGAUAUUUGAUUUCCAGAGCUAAAACUUUCCAGUAAGUUAGUACAAAAGCCAAGGUUCCAUUUUAUAUUGAUUUUAUGAUCAAGCGGCAUAUACCAGAGGCCUUUUUUAAUAGUCAAAGUUGGCCUUCAUUUUCUAGCACGUCUAACGUCACAAAUAUGACCUCUUUAGACUUGUCGAUUAUAAAAAUGUAAAGCAUUGUUUAUCAAAUUUUCUUUUAGGAUUUUCAAGAGUAAGAACAAAAUAAUAAUUCGGUGAACUUUCAAUGUCAGGGAAUGUUUCUUAUGCGUUCACCCUUCUCUCGAAGUUGCCAUUGCAUCCUGCCGUGUUUUGUGCGAAAAAUGAGCAUAAAAUCGAUUUUUCAAACUUUUUUUAAUUUCUCCUUUAAAAUGAAUCGUUUGAACCCAAAACUAUUUUUCCUUAAAUUAGGUCACUAAAAGGGAUGUUUUGGCAAAAUAAAAAAAAAUUCGAUUUUUGACGAGUGUCGUGCGAUUCUCGAUUUUCUCAGAUAAUGGCUCUUAAGGCAGUUGCAUCCAAUAUCUCCCUAGGGUAUAGUAGACAUAAAGUUCAUCAACUUGUCUGACAACGUAAGACUUGAAGAAGGAGACGUAUUUCAGAUGGUAGAAAGCACUGUGUACUUUGAAGCCUAUCGUCAUAUACUGGAAGGACUCAAAGAGGUGGAUCCUGCACGCCUGCCUUUACAGGUUAGAAGCGCAUUCGGGAAGCACUAUACUACUUUCGUGAGUUGCAUUUCAGUUAAUUGAUUAUCGACUUCAUUUUGAGCCCUGCCACAAAGAAACAAUGCCGUUAACUGGUAAGAAACGUUACUUUUGCAAGAAGUCGUGACCAGUCAUUAACUAAUAACGAAAGACUGAAGAGAAAGCUGGAAACUGACCAUGCCAGAUAGGCGCCAAUGCUUUUAAAGCGGCUGUGUCACGCUCGCUAUCUUUUUAAAAAGCUAUCACUUGUUUUCGCAUCAACUGGAUUCCAAAAAUAAUCGUCCAAUUUUGUUAUUUAAAACUAUAUUUAGGCAUUGAAACUUUUCCGCGUCGUCUGUUGCUAACGAAUGGUAACGAUGGAAAGAGGGUCUCAAUGGGGUGGUGGCAUUUACGGUUAUCGGCUAAAAUUUUGGCUCUUUUACGGCUAUCGGCUAAUUUUUUUCAGUUACGGUUAACAAAAAAGUUCAAAAUUAACUUCUUUUGUUUCAAAAAGUUAAAUAUUAGUUAACCUGUAUUUUUUGUAUCUUUAAGCAAAAUAAAGGUCUUAAGAUCAUCUCAGGAUAUGAAAUAAGCUAUUCUUUUGAAAAAUUUUAACAUUUGGUAGAUCAUACUUUUUAUAAAGUAUUCCACUUCUAAUAUUAUUUUACACAUAGAAAUGUCAAUAGUCAAUUUAAAAAUAAUCUUUGUGAAAAAGCAAAGCACACACGCGAACGCCCAACUCACAGGCCGGGGCGCGACAUUCAUUACAACAGAAAUGGUAGACUGUUCACAGUCCUCUAUUUUUCCGUAAGAUCGUCGAGAUCGAGCGCUUUGCGUUACGGGCUGCCAUCUUGCAUGAGUGUCAACUACUUAUGGGACGGGGGUGGUUUGGGAGGAAGCGCUCACCCCCCUCCCCCUAUAGCUAUAAUCCCCGACGCCCGCUCCCUCGGUACAUUUGAAAAUCAAGAUGGCCGCCAUUAACGGUAAGCCGCGCUAUAUUUCGACGAUCUCACGAAAAAAUAGAGGGCUGUGAACAGUCUACAGAAAUGGCCGUUUUCUCACUAGAGACGGAUUAUUCGUGUGAGACGGGUUAUCCGUUUGAUGAUUCGCGUCAGAUAGGUAAAUAUGUCUUAAUUUGAAAAUGAAGAAGUUUUAAUUUUGAAUGAACAAUCCGCCUGACUUUAUCCUUCAAUUUCGACGGACAGUUUGAAGACGGGAUUAUCCGUUCCAUAUAGCCCGUGUACAGCCCCCCCCCUCCCUCCCCUCAGAAAAAAAAAUCGAAGAACGGGUGUCUGUCCGGAAGGGAGCAACUGUACACAGGCUAGUCUCAGACGGAUAAGCCGUUUCUAGCUCUAGUGUGAAAUAACAAAAUAACGAAAUUCCCGUGUCUAGUGUUUUUAAUAUGAUAGCGAAGGACUGUACAGAAACCCUAGUCCGAGCAAGUUCGCCACCACCGAAAUGUCUUGACCGAGAUUGCUUGGGAAGACGCCGUACAGGGAUUAGGCAUGGCAAUGUCUACCGCAGCGUCAGCGAAAAACAGGGAAAUGCUGUUUAUCGGCAACGUGUUUUACAAACAGUGAAAUCUCUGCGUGUUGUUUCACUAGUGUUUCGAGGGCACGACCUUCUGAAAAUCGCAAAGAUUAAUCCCCAGCAACAAGCCACACUUUCGCUAUGAAAAAGAAUUAGUUCCCCGAGAGAGCGGCGGAAAUGGAACCAGGGUCUUGGUCAACACCGAAAAGGGCUUUAUCUAACGUGUGUACGGCCACGCUAGCCGGGAAAUAAAAAACGCAACCAUAAGUGAGUUUAGUACCUUCCUUAAAAGUAGCAAAUAUAGGGAACACUUUCUUUUACGGUUAACUCUUUUUUACCCUAUUUACGGCUAACGGUUAAAAUUUUUCAAUUUUUACGGCUAUCGACUAAAUUUUUGGCCGUUUUACGCCUAUCGGUUAACCCCAUUGAGACCCUCUGGAAAUGGAUUGAAACUUGAAAACGUUGGCACAACGUUUUCGAGUUUCACUGCUUUGCGGGCAAAAAUCAGCAACAACUUAUUUUGGCCAGUGCUCCCUGAUGAAAUUUUGUUUGAUAUCGUCUCCAUAACUCUAUAGGGGCAUUCUGUAUAUGGGUAAAGGCAUUAAUCAAAUGCUUUAACAUAGAAUUGACCUAAAACAGCAAUAUCCUCGUGACAUAGCUCUUUAAAUACCUCCAUUAUUCCCCUUAAUUAAUAUUUACUCCCCCUUAUUAAUUGUUGAUGGAGACUGGUCUGUGAUAUUUUUGUAAAAACAGAAGUACAUUGUCAACUGUGAGAAAGAGGUUGACCCACCAGCUUACUUGAGGAACAGGUAUCGUGGAACAGUUACGUUUGAUCUCACACCCAUCAUGAGCAAACAGUCCAGAGAUUCAACUACCAGGUAAAAUCAAAAUCCUUUUAUGAAGACAUUUAAGAAUGGUGUUGCUUAAGGUGGCUCCCUAGAGUAAAUCGGCCGUGCGCAGCCUGGGUACUAAUAUGGCGCGAGCUUUAAAAUCCGCGCGACGUCCACGCAAAAAUAAAAACAAAACAUGGCGUCUCUUUUAAGAAAAAUUGCGCGAAAAAACUUUGUCAACUUUGUUAAGGCAAGAAGAUUGGCCAGUUUUAGACAAACUUUUAUCAAAGGAGAUGUUUUACGAGUGUUAAGCAAUUUACCGGCAUUCAUCGAUCCUCAUAACAGACAUAAGCGUGAAUCGCAUUGUAAACAAAGAAGGAACUUUCCUUGUACCUUGUUCGCAGUCUUGGGGAUAGCUGCGGCUACCUCUCAUAAUACAGAAGAAGACUCUCUGCCCACAUCAUCCGUCAGUCAGAGCCUCUCUGUUACUACUCCUUCGUCUCCUUCGCACCAGGUAAAGCGUAGCGCAAGUGGUCGCUUCGCGAAAGCAGCGAAAGGAACUCCUAAUAAAAUGGCACUGAUGCAACAAGGAUACCGAAACUACAUGGCAAAACGAAAGCUGGAUUUUGAAAACAUAACCGACGAAAACGAACCACCCUCUAAACGCAACACAAGGAGUACUCAGGUAAGCACGGCGGUGACUUCUUGUCUUCAGAAAAAUUUUAUCAAAAGUACUAAGCGCGCGUUUAUGCUAAUCAUUGGAAACAUCAAAUCUUCAUGCUUAUAACAGGCUGCCGCCGAAAAAGAAGCAGCUCUUCCCCAUGGAACUGGUAUAACUGACCUUGACACAUUUCGGAAACAUCUCCAAAGCUGCACUCACUGUCAAUCUGGUAAAUGUAUGUACACUUUCUAAAUAAAGCCUGAACUGAAUGGACUUUGCUGGACUGGACUUUAACAUAAUCUACCAUUUUGUGUUUGCUAUUGAAUUUAGUAUCUACAGUAAACCCACAAGUUUUUGUUUAACGUAAGACUCUAUUUCAGUCCUUUGUAAAACUUACCAUGCAACCCAGUCCACAAAAAAAAAACAAAACAAAGGAUAAUGCAUUAUAUUAUGCACAUACAUAUUUUUACCCCUUCUAAGCAUUCAUUGUUUGCAAGUGACCAGUAUUAUUUCCAUCUACUCCAGGUAUAAUUUAUACCCUAGUUUGACAACCAAACCCUCUUAAAAGCAUCUGGAAAAAUAUUACGGGUAGGAGCAAAAAAAGAGUAGGAAUUUCUUAUGCUAGAAUACAUCAAAUAUGCUAGAUGUGUUAUUCACACAAAGCCUUUUUUAUUUCACUUAUCAUAUUUAGGUCCACUUUCUUUUUACAAUGUGAGGGAUGAAGUACGCCAUGGCCUAGCUAGCACAUUUGUGAUUAUUUGUCCAGUCUGUGGAAAAAACAAUGAAAUCAAAACUUCUGAACAACACAAAUCUGGUCAACGUGGUCCUCCUGCUUUUGACGUAAACACACGAGUGGCCCUUGGUUGUCUUCAUGCGGGUAUUGGCCAAACACAUAUAAACAACUUGCUCUCUACUUUGAAUGCCCCAACUAUAAAUUCUGUCACUUUCAAAUUGAGGGAAAGAGAGGUAGGAAAAGCUGUUGAAGGUGUUGCAAAAAGUAGCUGCCAGGAUUAUUUGGUAAUAGAAAAACAAGAAGCCCUGCAAAAUGGUGUUCAGGUUGAUGAUAAUAAUCUGGUGCCUAUUUCAUGUUCCUAUGACAUGGGCUGGCAGAAACGCGGCAAGGGGCAUAACUCUCGCACUGGUCAAGGAGCAGUUAUGGGGUUAUCUUCUGGUAAAGUGCUGGACUAUACAACAAGGACAAAAAGUUGUAGAUUUUGUGACAGUGCCAAGGCCAUGGGAAAAAAACCCAAAGCUCAUGACUGCCGAAAAAAUCAUGAGGCUUCAUCGAAAGCAAUGGAGCCUGCUGCAGCAGUUGAAUUGUUUAACAGAGCUCCAGACCAAAGUGUUAAGUUUUCAGUUUACACAGGUGAUGAUGACUCCACAACAGAGGCACACAUACGAGAAAAAGUAACCUACGAGGUUGAAAAAAACAGUGACAUUAUACAUAUGAAAAGAUCCCUCACAACACGUUUAUACAACCUUAGUCAAAAUGAAAAAUUUGACAAUUGUUCCCCCUUAUCUCAAAAGGUGAUAAAUUAUUUAGUGAAGUGUUUUUCAUAUGCUACUGCUCAAAACAAAGGAGAUCCAAAAGGGAUCCAAGCUGCGAUUAAGUCAAUUGUUCCCCACGCCUUUGGAGAUCACUCCAACUGUGAAACUAGCUGGUGUAAAUUUAAGAGCAACCCAGGAACCUACAAGCACAAAGAGCUGCCAUAUGGAAAAGACCUGCAUGGAAAAAAAUUGGAAUUAGAACUAAAUAACAUCUUCAAUGACUACUCUACUGAUGCUGUGGCAGAGAAGCUUGCACCUUUGACAAAUUCCCAUCGAAAUGAGGCGCUUAACAGUGUAAUUGGAUCGAAAAAUCCAAAAAUCAGAUUCUAUGGUGGAAGUGAAAGCAAUGAUUUUCGUGUGGCCUGUGGAGUCGCUCAGACAAAUUUAAGAUAUACCUAUAUCAGCAGUACACUUGAGGCACUCAAUAUUGAGCCUGGCAAUUUCUGUGAAAUGUAUGGAGAAAAAAUGACUAAUCAUGUUCAAAAAGAUAAACUCAGAAAAUCUUCUUUGGCUUAUAAACGGGGAAGAGCCAAUGCCCGCAGGCAAAACAGUGCACAAACUGCUAAAAAAGAAGCAAAAGAAGGAAAAACAUAUGAAACCGGAAUUGGACUGAACCUAGAUCUGAGCAUCUUGCCUGCAAGUACCAUGAAAGAAAUUGAGACCAUUGUUUCACCAUACACUCCACGACCACUGGCAACAAAAGUGAAAUAUGAUGAAAACAAAUUUUAUAACUUCUUAAUUUUUGACACUGAAACAAACACUACAGGAAAAUCUGCUGAGCUCUGUCAAUUAUCAGCUACUGACCAAACUGGCCUUUAUCAAUUUUCAACUUACACUUUACCUGUACAUGACAUUGAUCAUUUCGCGUCAAAAGUAAACAAACUUAAAAUAGUCAAGGUAAGUGGCGAAAGGAAACUUUACAAAGACAACAAAGAAGUAAGUACACUACCGUUGAAGGAAGCAAUGUCACAGUUUCUUGGCUUUGUUUCACGGUCAGUAGAAAGAGCCAAGUCACGCACAAACAUGAAUGUCGUAACGGUGCUCCUAGGUCACAAUUCUCUCACAUUUGACGUUCCAGUCCUGUUAAGAAAUUCUGAGAGCGACUUUAAAGAAAGAUUACAGGCAAUGGACGUUUUCUUUGCCGAUUCUCUCACGUUGUUUAAAACACUUGUCAGAGAAAAAGUUCCCUUCUUGCAAAAUCCUGAUGGAACCUUCCCAAAGACGAACCAAUCAUCACUGUAUUCUUUCCUGUUCCAAAAGUCCUUCAACGCACACGAUGCUUUAGAAGAUGUUUUAGCACUACGAAAAAUACUUUUUGAGUCACGGAUAGACCUUUCGGAGAAAACUGUGGUCGAGAACUCGGGUGUUGUAAGUGCAAGCCACGCAGCUGAGGACGUGAUUUAUUUGGAUCGCCGCCAUAUUCUAAUGCGGACUUUCAAAGGAAAUCUUUAUCAUCCGCAAUACCUCAAGAAGAACAUGAUUGAAAAAAUAUCCGGGAGUGGGCUGGCAUUUCAAGAUCUCCAAAGAGUGUACAGCAGGUUUGGAAAAGAAGGGCUGAUUGCGACACUUUCACAACCACCUUCUUCAUCGCCAUUGCAAUCACCACGAGUGACCACCACCGCUCGAAUUUUGGCAACAAUAGUCAAGUACUUUGAAGAACAUAACUAGUGUAAGCAACUAAAUAGAAUUUUCCAUCUUCUCGUUCCAUAACUGGUGAGAUAUUACUGUAAUCACCGGUAAUUAUACCAGUAAAAUGGUCUUUGGUAGAAAGCACAUGUUCCAUACAGCUAUGUCAUUAUGCGCAUGCGGGCGUGAUGGCUCGCGCGCGUAUUUCGCUCACACGACCCCGAACCACGCGUGUUUUUCGGAUUUUUGUGACGUCAGCGCAGUUAAUUAACCGUGAAUUUCUCGCGUUUCCUUCGGUAAAUUUUUUUAAAAAUCGCCUCAUUUCUUAACUGUCGCAGUACCUUUGUACUGUUAUUUUUUUGUCAAAAUCUGUAAGAGCUAAACUCCUCUAUUAAGAAAAAUUACAAAUUUCGAAAUAUUGGCAAAACCGUCUUAACGACCCCAUGUUUUUUCCACUUUAAAAUAUUAAGCAAUAUCGUUAAUAUAAAGUGGCAAAGUUUAAAGACAUUUCACCGCGGUAAAUUAGAAAUAUUAAGGAAAAAUGGGCAAAAAUGACAAAAUUACUGCCUGUUUAAGGAUGCGAUGUUUCCAUGGUAACGGCCUUUAUCCAGAAAAUGAGACUUGAUAAAGGAGCCUUCUUAUAUGCGUAACCUUAGCGGUGAAUCUCGUGAACAAAAUCGCAAAGACAAAGUAACUAGAUUUGCUUCUGUAACGUAUGCUUCAUAGCUAGGGUUAUUAGUAAAUACUCUAGGGAGCCACCUUAAAUGCGACGAUUGAGUUUGGUGUGAGAUACUCCAGUUGUUGUGUACAAAAAGGUCUGGGAAAAAUCCAAUUAGAAGCAGUAACCGACUUAAUCGCGUGCCUUGCUUAUCUGGAGGCCUUGUUCAGUCGCACUUUGUAAUAAAAUUGUAGAACUUUGUGAUACCUGUCGCAUUUUGUGGUAACCCUUGUCGCACUUUGUAAUAAACUUGAAUGGAUGGUCGGAGGACCAGUAAACCCAAUAAUAAGUAUCGUCAUCUUCAACAACAAUAUCAACAGUGAUCAACAACAAUAAUAAUAAUAAUAACAUUCCACUGAACGGUUUUCAGCACCACUUUCUCAAGUGUGGGUGAAGGAAAGUGGUCAAGAUCUUUGUAGGAAACAACAACUCUUUCUAUGCAACAGCGAGAGUCCGUAGUGAUGGGAUUUCGUAUUGAAAUUUGGCUGCUAUCCCUAUUACCAGGUUUUCCAUAAAAGUAAUAUGUCCUUGACUUUAUAAGGAAAAUAUUUUUAAAGUUUUUAUAGCGGCAUAGGAAACGAAGAAAUCCGGUUUCAUUACCUGCUAUACUAAUAUUUCAUAGAACCCAAAAACACAAACAUCGAGCACAACAAGGUGUCACAAUCAUUAUCAUAAUCAGAUAAUCAUAAUUUCAUCAUCUUUACUGUUAUUAUCGUACUAUUGCAAAUCAUUUGCCCACGUCAUUGUGCCACAAUGAUUGCUAACUUUGUGGAAAUUUCGAAUGCGCUAUAACUGACAUGAAACAAGACAGAUUCAUAAUACAGUACAUAUUUUCUGUAAUCAGAAAAGCAGAGAAAAUGCGACCAGCUAAAUAUUGAAAAGUGUCUCUGCCCAGAGCUUUGAAGUAUGCUACUUGUUUCUCCAAAAUAUGUGCAUGAUAAUAUGAUGAUAAACCAUCCAAGACGUAUUCAUCGUAAUUCAAACAGGACACCACUUGACUGAGGCCCAAACAUUCUUAUGAUAUUUUUUGGCGCUGACAUUUCCCUUUAAUACCGCGAGACUACUGUAACAACUUUGUACAGUUGAUUGUAAACUUGAAAUCUGUGGGUUCCAGAUCCUUCUUUGACAAUGAACGACGUUAUUGUCUCAGAUAAUUAAUGUGUUUGCCAACUUCUUGAUUUUGUCAGACACCUCUACUAUUUGUGUAUUUUUCGCUUUGAGGGAAAAGCUAUGGAAUUGCAUGAUGCCAAUAAAUUCAACGACGUGACUUGAUAAUGACGUCAAGUUACGUCAUUGUCUCAAUCAAGUUAUGCCUAGAUGUUGGAAAUAAGUAGUGCAUUAUAUUUCUGUGUUAUUGCAGUGGCCGUUUUAGGAGUAGCCCCUAUAUAAAAUAAUCAGUCAUCAUUGAAAUAUCCUCAAUAAUAAUAACAAUAAACAAUUAUUAUUGUUUUUGUUAUUAUUGUUGUUUUUGUUGUCGAUGAUGAUACUUAUUUGGGUUUACUUGUCCUCCGACCAUCAAUGGGUCUGUUGUUACAAAGUGCGUUAGCUUUUUUAUUACGAAGUGCGACAAGUGUUAUUACAAAAUUCGACAAGUAUUAAAAAAUGCGUUAAUUUAUUACAAAGUGCAAUAGAACAGGCCUGUGCCACUGAGUCUGGAAAUGGUCUUCAACAGAUUUUAACCCCAUUCUGUUCCUGGGCCUUUCACUUUGCUCAAAAUAUUUGGCUCGGAUUACCAUUACCAAGGGCUAGAGGAAGCACUCAACUGGCUAGCGAGUAACCGCCGAAAUAAAGAACAGGGAAUUUCAAAGCAGAUAUGGCCAUGUCCAUGAUGUGUUUUGUUCCUCAUCGCCCGAAGGACCAACUACAACUUUCUCUUGAACCAAACAAUGCUCAUUAUGUUUAAUACAGUCGAAUCCCGGUAACUCGAACCCUCUAUAACUCGAACCUCCCGCUAACUCGAGGUAAUUUACAUUUCCCUUCAGAUCGUUUUCUAUAUAAUUUUACCCUCAAUAACUCGAACUCCCGAUAACUCGAACUUUUUUUCUAUUUCCCUUGAAGGUUCGAAUUAUCGGGAGUCAAUUGUAAUUUGUACAAUUCUAUUUGUGAAGACGAGUUUCAAGCACACGUAGGAAAUCUAAACGACACAUCUCACUGUCGCGGUUUUCUUUAUAGGCUUUUCUGACUUUUCCUUAAAAAUCUAAAAGAAUUUCAUAAGCGGUUCUAGUUUUAGAAGUUUUAUGGCCUUUUCUAACCUGUGGGAAGGUGCCACAAAGAAAUGGGAGACGUCUACACGAAACGGAGCCUUUUUCCUAUCCUUUAACUUUUUUCCUCUUUCGUUUUCUCUUUUCUUAUGUGUCGGGCUUCGAUAAGGGAUUUUCAGCAACAACCAAAAUAAUUCUGGUAAUACUGCUACACUGAAAGAAACGCAUCAGUGUUUCUUCGGUGUUCUCAGUAAGGCCGUAACUGAUAUACUUAACGGUCUAAACGGUGUUGUUCGAUUCGGGUUUUGCAGCGCUUCCAGUCUAAUGCGUUUGAGGACACGAUUUGCCGGAUUGGAUCUUAGAGAUAACAAACAGAGCGGUAAGUAGAACUCUUUUUUAGACACCUCAAACUUACAAUGUAAUUUUCAAAUCUUCCUGGUAGCCAACCCGGGUGUUACUUGGUAUGUGCCGCUGGCCUCUCAAAACCCCCACCCCAUUAUAGUCUAUUCUGUGGCCAAAUAUAGACCCCAUCUUAGUCACUUUGGGAAAAAUGCAAUUUUCGCGAUCCCAACAUAGUAACUUUCUUUUUAUGCAUCUACUUUAUAAAGCCUUUAAACUAGGUCACCCUGAAAUGAAUUGACACAUGGGUUAAACUUUACUAAUGAAGUAAAACCUUCCCAUUUUUAAAUCCCCACCUACCUAUUUGAAUUUUCUGAUGCCACAAAUCCUGAAAAUGUCGCUCCCAUUUUAGUAACUCUAAUGAAAAUGCUACCCUAUUAUAGUCAGUCCAGCCGUGAAAAUGCGACCCCAUCCAGCGGCACAUCCUCAUUACCAGGAAGUACCCCUCUCCACAGUAGCCAACUUGUCAGCCCCUUGAAGUCUUGGAAUGGCUUCUUCUUUCCCCUGCGACGGUACGAUGUGUAAUUUCUUGAAAUGAAACUUGCCUGGAAACGUAGCGCCCUGGAAUUUUUUAUUAUUAUUAAGUUUCAACCGAAAAAAGAGUAAGGUUAAAUAAUAAAGACACAAAAAAAAUGCCCGCAUGGAAUCCUUCUAACAUCGAGUAACGUUGUAUCGAUCAUCACUGCACUAUUCUUGUUACUCAGUUACUCGCUUAAAUUUCAUACGCGUAAGCUGACCAUGUCAGUCAGACUCUCAGACCUGCCAUCCCUCCCGGUUUUUUGGCUUUUCUCACGGUCUCCCGACGAAGACCUCAAAUCUCCCGAUUUUUGUCAGAAAUCCCUCGCUGAUAUUAAUUGUGAAAUUGGGCUUUUAAAGGUUUGUUUCAUACAACAAAAUCUGUAGCAGACGGGACAUUUUCCGUUUUGGCUUCCAUUGGGUCGUUCUCAAAGUAACCGGGGUCUGGGUACAAGUAUAGCUGGCUGUGCCUUCCCGACAUGCUUUCCUACGUAAGAGAAAUUCAAAAGCAAAGGCGGGUUUUCAGCGUGAAUCGGAAACAGUAUUACAUGUCGACGAAAACUCCAAUUCACCUGAAAGUUCAGAUGAAUCCAGACCGAAACGACAACGAAGUGCUGGUAAUACGUCAUUAUGACGUCACAAUGGCGUAUUUUGUUACGAAAAACGCGUCAUAGCACCAUAUACACUAAGUAAAAAAUUACAACUUUGAUUUUAUACAACUUUGUCCUUGUCCCUGUACCAAUACAUUCAUUGUUCUCGCGUUUAAAAUAUCCCUUAAUAUUGACCAUAUAUGGUCAUUUGGCGGGAAAUUUGAUUUUCUUUUAUUAGCUGUAACUUCACGCCAUUUUAUCCGAUUGACAUGGGGCUUUCACUAUACAUAUCUUUUUUUGUGUAGCAAAAAUAUCGGUAACGUUUUGAACACUGCUUUUCAAGUUUUUAAUGUUGUUACCAACAAUAGGUGUCACUUAUCACGUCAUACUUUCAAGAAACGUCAAAGAUACCUUUACAAUGGUGAAAAUUUAAAGAAAAUUUUUCUCUAAUUAAGAUGUUCUAAUAUCUUGCUUCAUUUGGAAUAUAAACUACUCCUCUGUGAGCCAAAAAUUGAAUGUAAGACGUUGCGGGAAGAAAAGCCCUAGGAACCGACCAUCGUGGUCCAGAAUAAUAGUGCGUAAUUUUUAGUCACAACAUAACAGUCCUUUUUUUCUUCCCCCAAGGAAACAAUGUUCCAGUUCUAAGCUUAGCUUCCUGGCCUUCCGCGAAAGAGCUGGAACUAGAUGACUCCCAGUACAAGGCUAUACAGAUGGCGCUGACAAAAGAGUUUGCGGUUAUUCAAGGACCACCAGGCACCGGGAAGACAUAUAUUGGGCUUAAAGUAAGUGAAAAUCUGAAAAUUGGUCUAAGUCGACAUUCAGGCUUCUUGAGAGCUAAUCUGCUCUUACAAACGUGAUGAAGGUGGAAUUGUCUAAACAUGUGGAACUGGAGGAUACGACGAUACACUUCAUUAUAAUAUCAUCUCAACCUUAGCGGAUAAAUCAAAUUCAGAUACAUAUAUAUAUGACGAUAAGUAUUGCUGAACUUGGUGGUAUAGACACUUUCACGACCCAUACCUAACAUCCCUUUUGAUUUAAGAAAAUACCUUUCACUAAGAAAACAGAGGACAGUAAAAAACGCUACAAUUCUAGAUGGCGAAAGCUACAAAGAUGUAUGCUUCCUUUUAUGUACAACUGGAGAACGUUCAUGUAGCCCUUUUGCAUCUUUUGUAUACUUUUUCUUUACGGUAAGAACAGGCCAGAGCCCCGAUUUUAAGUACUAGGCGACUUUGAAAGACGCGUGCUUCACAUAUUUGUGGCGGAUUAGAAUGCCGGCUUGGUCAGAGGCCCUUUGUUUAAAACAUGGCGGGAUACUCGCAGCUUAAGGCAAGCAUGUGCCUUGUAGCUGUCAACAUAAUGCUUUUUUUAACAAAACCCGAUCCAUGUUUUAUUGAAAGUAAUUGUACAAAUCUGGUACCAGACAAACCGCUUUUACGAAAACGAGAAAACAAAACUAGUUUAUGGUUAUUUCUCAUUAAUUUCACUUAUCAAAACAAAUAUUUUCUUUCAUAAGUUUUCCCGUUUCUUUCAAAACAUCCUUCAUUUCCGGGCGUUUCGCUGUUGUCAAUGAAAGACACGUUUUAUCUGUCCUCUUUUACGCGGGAAUAUCAAAAUUUCCAUCUUUCAAAACGCGAUGAAACAAAGCUCGCAGGGUACCAAAGCGCCAAAGAAGCACAAUGCAGUCCCAGUGUUUUGUGAGCACCCGUUAAGAAUAUUGAACGCCAAAACUAUUAAGUUUUGGUACAGCGAGAGGCAGCUAGUUUCUGUACCCAAAGGUUAGUGCAUGGACAGGCUAUCGAAAGAAAAUAAAAGGGAUGCUUGCCCAAUGGAUAGCAGGCCUAACUAUGCAGAAAAAUGUCUCAUUGCAUCCUUGUCUGCGAGGUUAGUACAAAAUUUACACUCUAGAAUACAUUACUCAACUCAAUCAGCAACACUUUGCAAGUAGAAUUGGCGAUCAGUGUGGGCAAUUUAUGUUUCUAAGGGACGUCCGUCGCACAAAGGCUUAACGCGCGGGGGUUUUUAGUCAAUGACUGACAUAAGAGUUUCCUGACAAUCGACCAAGUUAGAGUGCGAUAAUGUGCGCGUGAACUUUGCCUACAACUGGCAAUAAGCUGAAUAAGCCGGAAGCUGAACACCACGAAUAAGUUACUAAAUUACAUUGCUCAGGUUUUUUUCUUUUUUUUUCAAGUACCGGAGGGGUUUUUCGCGCAUUCUGUUGCGCAGUUUGGCAGUGAUGUACCGGGCAUCAGACAGGUAACGCGCCGAAGCCACCAUUGCACUCUUCUUUUACCAAACAGUUUUCCUACAAUCGUCUUAGUACCGGUCCCGUUGACGAAACCUUGCUCGAGCAAGAUAUGGUAAUCGAGAGUCGAGAAUCGAGAAUCGAUAUUGUACUGGGGACAAGAAAAGGUCGCCGUCCAAGGAACAACUGAUGCAACGCAAGAGCUUCAAGCUGCUGAGAAACGCCAAUUCUGGAUUACAAGCAGUGAAGGAACUCCUGAGAAGCGUCCAAAUUAUAAGGAACUUUGGAGGCCAGUCAGCCACGGUGAUUGUCGCACCACGCAUAAAGCAGAAUAAAUUUGUUAGCCUGGUCUUGUCUUUUCCACAAAUCACGUAAAACUAUAAAGAAGGUACCACUAUGAACUCUGGAAAAUGAAAAUUCAAUAAUACUAUGGUUGACGACUGACAGUUUAAAAGAGAGACUACCUUCACCUCAGAAUCUUGGGCGCGCCGCCUGUAAGCUCUGAGGGAGAGGGAAGCCCCAUAAUUUGGCCUAUUUCAGAAACAAAUGACAAUACAAAAAUAACCUACAAUAAUAAUUUGGAUAAAUGACCGACAUUUCAAAAGAGAGACUACCAUCACCUCAGAAUCUUGGGCGCGCCGCCUGUAAGCUCUGAGGGAGAGGGUAGCCCUAUAAUUAAUUUGGCCUAUUUCAAAAAUACAUGACACUACAAAAAUUGCCUACAAUAAUAAUUUGGAUAAAUGACCGACAUUUUAAAAGAGAGACUACCAUCACCUCAGAAUCUUGGGCGCGCCGCCUGUAAGCUCUGAGGGAGAGGGUAGCCCCAUAAUUUGGCCUAUUUCGAAACAAAUGACAGUACAAAGAUGACCUACAAUAAUAAUUUGGAUAAAUGAUCGACAUUUUAAAAGAGAGACUACCUUUACCUCAGAAACUUGGGCGCGCCGCCUGUAAACUCUGAGGGAGAGGGUAGCCCCAUAAUUUGGCCUAUUUCAGAAACAAAUGACAAUACAAAAAUAACCUACAUUUAUAAUUUGGAUGAAUGACCGACAUUUCAAAAGAGAGACUACCAUCACCUCAGAAUCUUGGGCGCGCCGCCUGUAAGCUCUGAGGGAGAGGGAAGCCCCAUAAUUUGGCCUAUUUCAGAAACAAAUGACAAUACAAAAAUAACCUACAAUAAUAAUUUGGAUAAAUGAUCGACAUUUUAAAAGAGAGACUACCUUCACCUCAGAAACUUGGGCGCGCCGCCUGUAAGCUCUGAGGGAGAGGGUAGCCCCAUAAUUAAUUUGGCCUAUUUCAAAAAUAAAUGACACUAAAAAAAUUGCCCACAAUAAUAAUUUAGAUAAAUGACCGACAUUUUAAAAGAGAGACUACCUUUACCUCAGAAACUUGGGCGCGCCGCCUGUAAGCUCUGAGGGAGAGGGUAGCCCCAUAAUUAAUUUGGCCUAUUUCAAAAAUAAAUGACACUACAAAAAUUACCUACAAUAAUAAUUUGGAUAAAUGACCGACAUUUUAAAAGAGAGACUACCAUCACCUCAGAAUCUUGGGCGCGCCGCCUGUAAGCUCUGAGGGAGAGGGUAGCCCCAUAAUUUGGCCUAUUUCAGAAACAAAUGUUCCUUCCAAACCGGAGAAAGAUGUGCCAGCAGAGAGUGUAUUCCUACUUGUGGCUCCACAGGAAAAACUUGAUACGCCGACUCGCCGUUUUCGCUUCGAAGGUCACCAAUAUUGACACGGCAUACUACUCUUGAAAGAAGUUAAAUAAGCCAUCGGAGCACUACUUUCUUAAAAGAGAGCACUUGAAAAACCAUUGAAAGCGUAUCAAGCCUAUUUGAAUCCAAAUGCGGCGAGAAAACUGUAGUUAUCAAUUGCGAAGCGAGCCUCGAAGAUCGACUUCGAAAUUUUCAAUCGACCGUGAAAUGAAUUUAUAAUACCCAAUUAGUCUGAUCAAAUUUCGCGUUUCCUUGAGAUGUCUGGUUCGUUUAAUCAGAAGUACAAAGUUUCUUGACAGGCAAUGUGUCCGGCGCUCUCCAAAGGUGUCUGGAGGAAUGCUUAAAACUAAUUACGAAAGUAACGCUUGUCUGUUAUUGCAAACCGAUCUGCGGUGGUUGCUGUGGAGAUUAGGCCUCCUCCGGCGCGCACUAAAAUCGGGGCUCUGGCCUGUUAUCAGGAGCCGAGUAGUUCGGCUCCUGAGCCUCUUGUAUAUAGAGAAUACUUCAUGGAAAGUGCUGGCGUACGGUAUUUACGCACGAGUUGUUGACGUAUCAGAAAUCGAACGAGUGAGCGCAGCGAACGAGUAAGAUUUCUGAUACAAAAACAACGAGUGCGUAAAUACCGUACAAAGCACUUUCCAUGUGGUAUUGUGUUUAUUAUAUACAUACUGAGACAUUCAUCAUUUUGGCGGCCUUUUUAUUUUAAAUCUUUCAAAAAUGCUAAAAUUUGCCGCUACACACUUACUGCAAAAUGACAACGAAAACGAAGUACCAGCUUUUUAGCAAAAACGUUUGUUAAAAACAUAAAGGACGGUAAGGAUAUGAGGUAAUCCAAGACCUAGAAGUUAUCUUAACUGUUUGUUCUCAAUGCACAAUUGAAAAUGAGUGAAUUUAAGGAAAAUGGCCGGUUUGAAUAUUAUAAGCUUAAGCUAAAAUGAAAGGCAAAGUAGCUCCGACAAAAAGCACAACAAAAGCUUACGUCUCGUUCUGUUUUUCCCUUUCCUUUGUUGUUUCGCCGGCUCUCUACCGUUUUUUUCAUCAACAGUGAAACAAACGAAACUAUUCCACUCCAUUUCCGAAAAGUUUUUCACUUUUUUAGCAAGAAAAACUCUUUGAGGAAAACUUUUCUCGUUGAAUGUGUGCGAAGCGGCGCUGCAAGCUGCAAUUAAAGGCGGGAAUUUUGGCGCGAAACUCACACACCUCUGUGGCUUCUGAUUGGACGUAUCAUUUUUCUCACACGUGAAAAAACAUCGUUCGCGAUUCUGAUUGGACGUAUCAUUUUUUUCACGUGUGAAAACCAUCGUUCGCUCCUCUGAUUGGCUAGAACUAUUUUGCGUACGACAAUUUACGACAUAGCUUUUUGGUGAGUAUUUCCCAGUAUGUAUAUAAUAAGGUAAGUAUAAUUGCUCGCAUCAUCACUGAUAUUCUUUUUUCUCAAAGGCUAGUGAGAUAGAAGUAAAGCGCAAAAGGGCCAGCAAGGCGGUUAGCCAUGUAUAUUAUAAAAAAGGUUCUAGAGUACGAGUGCUCCCGCGUUUUCCUCAGGGAUAGUAGAGCGAGCAAAAAAGUCGCGAGCGCGCGUGACAAGAGCCACCCACUAGUAAGGUGACUCACGUGGGGAAGAGCAGCAGACGUCUCACUUCUCCUCGCGCGUGGUAGUUUCCACUCGCGCUCGUGCAUUUCUCUCCCUCAACUACUCGCAGUCUAGAGCAGUUCCCACCCUUGCUAAUAUCAGUAGCCGCAAAGAACGUUUAUUUUUUGCCACAGAUAGCCAAUGUGUUGCUGCAUAACAAGGCGAAAUGGGACACUGGUACAGAGUUGCUUGGUGACGAUAUGGAUGAGCGUUUGCUUCUUUCUGAGCGGCGUCCAAUCCUUGUAGUCUGCUUCACCAAUCAUGCCCUCGAUCAGUUUCUGGAAGGAAUCCACAAGUUUCAUCCCAAGGGUAUCGUUCGCAUUGGGGGACGAAGCAAGAGUGAGGUUAUGAGGACUUGUAGUUUGUCAGAGCUGAAACACAAGAUGCACAAGGUAAGAGUCAAUUGUCACAUGGAGAAUGAGCUAUUCUUUUCUUCGCUCCUCAACGAAUGCAGUAUCGAAGGUCCUGGGUCGAAGGCCUGUCAAAAACCACAGAUAUCUCGCGAACACCUUUUAUCAACCGAGCACAUCAAAAUAGUGGUGAAAAAAGCAGAAAUGCCCGUGUUUCCUUGUCCACAGUUAAAAUUUGUCGUUUCUUGCAACUGAAUAAGUGAGUGAUGGAGAUAAGGAUGCGUGGCCGGUAAACGAAAUUAUGAAACUUGAAGCACAAGCCGAGAUACAGUCUUAGCUAAUUAAUCCUGUAUACACGAGAAUAGACGUUUGUCUAUGGGAAUUAGCUCAUGCAUCUGCAGUAAGUCAAAGUGAAAUUCAGGUUAAAAUGGUCAUAACCAAGCCAAAAGUUUAAUUCUCAGUUUCCUUUGUUUGCUACUCACGAAAGAAAACGAGAUUCGAACUACGUUGAAACCAAUAUAAGUUCAUUUUGACUUAACUCAUACCCAAAGCAAUUUGCAGGACACUUGUGAAUUACAUCAAAGAUGAUUGUAGAAGAAUCAUGGAUUUCCUUACUUUGGUCAGUAGCUGUUAUAGAUAUUAACCGGUUAAUUAGAAUCACCUGCCACCCCAAUUUACAUUCUGAAACAAGUUUUAUUUCUUUCCUCUAUUCAGGACAAAUCAGCUCCCCUGCACAUAAGACGGGCUUUUUACGAUGCACACCAGGAAAUGGACCACACAACAGCAAAGUUACAAUCAGCAGCUGAAGACCUGAAAAGAUGCUUUGAAAACGUGCUACACGAAGAUGAUCUUCGUCAACGCGCGUCAUCAAGCAUGACUGUUAUACAUUACCAGUCUCUAAAAGAGCCUUUUGACGGAUUUUUUGGGCGAAAGGACAGUGCUAUUCUACACUGGUUAAAUCUCUCUUGGAACUCGGCCAACCCUAACCAAGGUAAGAAGCUACUAGAGGUAGAAAAAUUAAAAUUGUAGACGUUAAGACGAAGUAAAACAUAUGCAUAUCUUAACGAUCUAAAGUUUGUAACGACUCUCGAAAUAUUUAGUAAGGCAAUUGCCCUUUUCUCAUACCGAUAUUUUGGACCACUCGUAAAGCCCUGGAAGUGUUUCCUCCCCCGCGACAUACUGUGAGUUCAAAUAAUAAGCAUCACAACUGACUGUUUCUUCUUUACUAUCAGCAUCUAUACAACCUGUAGCAGUGUUCCCGCUAAAUAGCCAUUGUCGUGGACUGGAAAGAGUGUCACGAGCCAAUCUAGCCACUUUUUCCCGUGUUGGUUGGUUAGGUGGAUCUAUUCAUCUACGAGGAACUGCGAAUUCAUUCAUUGAAAUUCCAAAUCAGGCUGGGAGUGACCUGGACACUAGAACUUCAAUCACACUCCUGAUGCAUGUGUUUCCGGUCGGAAACAGAGGUCCUAUCCUAAGUUUCCACGAAGAUGGCCUAGGAGUCCAAAUAUGGCAAGAAGGUUUGGAAGAUGAAAGGGGCAUUCUAACGGCUCGUUUUGUCUGGAGAGAUUUUUCCCAGCCUCCAGCCCUUACAAAGGCAGUGUUGACCAUGAACGCUUGGAACUUUAUUGGUGCCUCUUAUGACAACGAUUCCGGAAUUGCGCGUCUGUGGCAUAAUGGCAAUGCAGUAGAUGCGAAGUUCAUAGGCAGCAAAAUGGAGUUAGCAACCCAGUUUUCCAUCCGAAUCGGAGCCAUAGCUUCUGCUCGACCAGGCUAUUGCUUUCAAGGGAGGGUUCGUGACCUUCAUAUAUUUUGUGAAUCCGUUGGAAAAGAAAUGGUCCGAACUGUUGGUGGAAUUUCUCAGGAAGGUAAUGUAGUAUGCUAGUCAAUCCACAAAACUGUGCCUAUUGUAGAAUUAUUACCCCUUCGCUUAUUAAGUCAAAACUAGGGUCGAGAACAGUAGUUCUAACUGUCCCUAUUUGCGCUUCUCUAAAGGUGGUGCGGCAGCACAAGAUGGGGAUGAAGGAGGCGAGGGGGAAGAGGAAGACGACACUGAGGAUCCGGAUGUGUUGUACGAAGCAGAUGUUAUGCAGGAGCAAAGACUCCUGGACAAUGAUGACGUAAGAGUGUUUGGCACGAAAUCGGCGGGCCUAAAAGGAGCAAGGCUGAAGAUCGUGGAUCCUUUUGCUUGUGCUGGAGGAUCUGACGACGGAUGGCAGGUCCAGAACGGUGAUCGGCUCAAAAAGAGGUUAAAGAGAACGAUCAUUCAAGAGCUGAGCAAAAAGGAUGUCAUGCCAGAUGAAAGAGCAAAAAUGGUGAGAUGGAAACAAAGAAAGGGAAAAACGCCCUGUUUAAUUCGCCUGAUUCUGGCUUCUCAAAAGGAUUACGGAGCUUUAUUUUAAUUCAGUCAGCAUGUGUUACAUUGUGGUUUACCUUGCAAGUAGUUUUCAUUUGCCUGCACUUACGCUUUAACCUUUUUUCAAAUGGCCACCAUUGACUGACGGCAAGAGAAUCCCUUUACAUAACCAGCUCCGAUAUUUGAACAACUAUACUUACAGAUCUUAAGCCUUUCCUUCAUGUUUCUAAACCAAGGAUUACCAGAGCAUAAGUUUAAGGAUAUAUGAAUAUAUUUGUUCAGUGUUGGAGACAUUUAUACAAGAACACCAUGUAAAGAUGACAGAAUGCAUACAGAUUCGACUUGACGAAUCUUAACGGGAGGCUACAAAAAAAUUCAUCACCCAUUCGCUUCACCAUUGUAAUCUGAAACUGCUUAGUUUAAUUUAAUUCUUCUAUUAACAUGUAGGUACGAAAUGUGUGGAGGUUAAGCGUAAAGGAUCGCUGGUGUUUGUACCGACGUUGGCUUAAGGAUGUGAGCGAUGGGUACCGCCAAACUAUUUCGCUUUUCCAGGAACAAUUUGAAGAGGGUGCUAAGCGACUAAAAGACAUCAAAAACAUGGAGGACUUUGAGAUACUCAAGAGUGCUGAUGUCGUUGGCAUGACUACCACGGGUAUGUUUGAUUAGUUCUUUAAGCAGGUUGAACUAUCCAUGACGAGAGGAAAAGAGUGAAAAAAGGGGUCUAAGUAAAACAGUGGUACAGUUUCUCAGUCCCCCACCCGCGCUAUCUCUGCUACUGUAGUUUUAAAUUAAGUGCCAUAGGAUUUUAGUGAACCUCGCCAUGGUUUGAUAACCAAACCUCUCGAUGCUGCUGAUAAUUAAGGAUUCGUUUCAGGCCAUUUUAUAAUACGUUGAAGAAUUUUGACCCCUUCUUGAGUUACUUUUUCAUAACUUUCAUGUAGGUGCGGCAAAGUUCCGCAAGCUGCUGCAGAGACUUGAACCGCGAAUAACGAUUGUAGAAGAAGCUGCUGAGGUUCUCGAGUCGCACAUUGUUACUUCUCUGACUUCCGGAUGCCAGCACUUGAUUUUAAUUGGUGAUCACCAGCAACUUCGCCCCAAUCCCACUGUCUAUGAACUCGCCAAAGACUACAAAUUGAACGUAUCCCUCUUUGAAAGAAUGGUGAAAAAUGGAAUGCCUUUUGAGCGACUACGUCUACAGCACCGGAUGAGACCGGAAAUAUCCAAGAUGCUCGACCACAUUUAUUUCAACCCUAAGUUGGACAAUCACGAAUCAGUGCUGAAUUUUGAAAACAUCAAGGGCGUGAAUCGUAACAUGUACUUUGUGGAUCAUGACGAGAGCGAGGUAGGUCUCACUUUCACGAAAUGGAAUACUCCCUUAAUGUGUAGCUGCAAAUAUUAUCAGUAUAUUGCUAGCUAUGUGCAAAGACAGAGGCUAGAGGACAGAGGAAAAGCCCAAAGAGAAUGGUGAGAAGUUGCGGGGGGGGGGAUUCUGUAAACCUCAAUUUGAUGAAUUCGGGAGUUAUCUGUACAAAUGUCUUCCCCACCCAAAAUUGCGCUGUCAUUAGCAUCUGCAUUGCACAGAUGACUUACUGUAUUGAAGUGUAAAGACGGAUUUCAAUUAAUAGCAGGUAGGGUUACUGGUUACCGCUUCAUUUCCCAGUAGCAUCCCAGAAAUCUAGUGUGACCUUGGUUCGAGAUUCUAAUUUCUCAUUCUUUACCAUAAUGCACUUUCCUCCCAAUAAGCUUUUGUACAGUUACACCUCCACUAUUUUCACGACAUUUCAAUUUUUGAAAUUAUAGGACUAUCAGGAGGAGGGAAGAAGCAGGUCGAAUGAACACGAAGCAAAGUUUGUGGCUGCUCUUUGUCGCUACUUAAUCCUUCAAGGUUAUGAAAGGGAAAAGAUUACAGUCCUAACAGCCUACACAGGACAAUUAAUCCAACUGAAGAAGGAGAUGCCUAAGGAUUUCUUCCGUGGAGUUCGAGUGUGUGCGGUGGACAAUUUCCAAGGUGAAGAAAACGACAUCAUCCUGCUGUCGCUUGUUCGAAGCAAUGAGGAGGGAAAAAUCGGUUUUCUUCAGACUGAAAAUCGGGUUUGUGUCGCACUGUCUCGGGCCAAGAAAGGUUUCUAUUGCAUUGGCAACAUCAGUCUUUUGAAAGAAAAGAGCGAGCUGUGGAGAAAGAUAAUGGACGACAUGGAAGAGCGUGGUAAUGUCGGAAACGCUUUGACACUCUCGUGUCAAAACCACCCACGGAACGUGAUUCAGGCGUCAUGUGCUGAUGACUUCAAGAAAGCACCCGAGGGGGGAUGUACAGUGCCUUGUGCUACCAGACUAGCGUGUGGUCACGUGUGUGAAAUGGUGUGUCAUCCGACAGACCCGGAACAUAAAGAGUACCAAUGUAAGAAACCAUGCGCUAAAAUCCUUUGCCAAAGAAAUCACAUGUGUUCCAGGAGGUGUUACCAAGAUUGUGGACCUUGUUUGGUGCUCGUGUUAAAAACCCUCCCACGUUGUGGCCAUGUUCAGAAUGUCCCUUGCUACAAAGAUCCAUCUGAAGUGAAAUGCACGUCACCUUGUACUAAGGUUCUACCCGGAUGUGGGCAUCCCUGCCAAAAUAUUUGCUCUGAGGCUUGUACUGUGGAGUGUACCGCCAUUACACUGAAAACCUGGCCCUGUGGUCACGAAAACAAGACAGCAUGUCACGUGAAUCCUAUGCAGACUCCUUGUAAGGCACCAUGUGGAGAGACUUUGAAGUGUGAACACCCAUGUGUUGGUAAGUAUGGAAACAAGUUCUUUGAAGAUAUCGAUUAACUUAUCUAGCUGUUUCCUUCAACAAAACGUGGGCAUCAACCAAUGAAGAUGCAAGUCACCUUAUCAACUCUCGCUGCAGCUAGUAGAAAGUUUGAUAUUGAUUCUCAGAGGCCAUUUUAGCAAUGUUCAAUUUCUCGCGUUUUAUUAUUAUUUUUUGUCUUUUCCACAUAUAUCAGGUAAUUGCAGUCUGUGUUUCCGCGGUCGAGUUCAUGUUCCUUGCAAGAAAGACUGCGGCCGUACCCUAUUCUGUGGUCAUUCCUGUUCUGAGCCUUGUACCAAGAACUGUCCCCCAUGCAAAGAACCCUGCGGCAACUCCUGUACGCACAGCAAUUGCAAGAAAAAAUGUGGCGAGCCUUGUGAGUCUUGCAAAGAGAAAUGCGGUUGGAAAUGUGAGCAUCUGCGAUGCACCAAAUUGUGCGGAGAGGAAUGUGAUCGUCAGCGAUGUAACGAGCCGUGUGAAAAACUUCUUACUUGCCAGCAUCCCUGUAUUGGUCUUUGCGGGGAAAGAUGUCCAAAGAAGUGCCGAGUGUGUCAUAAGGAUGAAGUCACCGAGAUUUUCUUCGGAACUGAAGACGACGAGGACGCAAGGUUUGUGGAACUGGCUGAUUGUGGUCAUGUGUUUGAAGUUGAGAUGAUGGACCAGUGGAUGGAUCAGGCCGAGGCAGGGGAUGAUGGGAAUGCUGUUGAUGUCCAGCUCAAGCGCUGUCCUAAGUGCUCAACUCCCAUUCGUACCAGCUUGAGGUAUGGUAACAUUGUUAAGAAGAUUCUUGCAGACUUCGAGAAAAUAAAGCGAAAGAUUCUACUUGGAAAACAACAGCGUGAAGAAGCUGUUACUGGGCUAAGUUUGAAAGUGCAAACGAUCAAGUUGUUUCCAGACGAUCAGAAGAAAAUUGAGAUGUCACUGCUUCGCACGAAUCUUACAGAUGAACAAGUAAAUGUCUUUGAGAACCAGAUCAGCCUGUUGUCCUUCCUUCAGGAACUCAAGGUUAAGAUACACAAAGGCACAAAAGCUGAGAGUGAAAGGUCAGAAGAAACUCAAACUCACUUAUUAAGACUACUGCAGGAAAGGGAAAAAGAACUCGACGGUCUAGUGGAAAAACUCCGAUUCCGUGUCAUGAGGACUCGGGCGCGGUUCAGUGACCAAGAGUUAGAGGAACUGAAAGAGGAGAUGUACAGAACACAGCUUGCUGUUGACCUAAAGAUUCUGAAGAUGCAACUUGACAUCCGGGGCCAUAAGCUAAACGCCACUGACUCCGUGAAAAUUGACCACGUACAAAGAGCCUUGGAUUCUGAGAAAGUGAUUGGUAAGGGGAUAGAUAAUGAAGGACAGAGAUGAAGAACGCAAUAAUUAUAUAGUAGAAGGGCAACAAAACACCUGCAUCAGGCCCCAAUUUUUUCAAAGGGUGGAUAGUAUCAAGCGCCGGGGAAAAUCUCUAUCCACUCGAUAGCGCAAUUGGUUUCCCUAACACUUCUUCGCUGGAUAAUGAUGUAUCCACCCUUUUGAACAACUGGGGCCUGGUCUAACGUUCCAACAAAAACGAAACCCAGAGAUUGGGUGAUCAUUUAGUAUGGCUGUGUGAGAACAGGUGUUAAGGUUUUAGCGUAUCUAUAAAUACAAUCUACAAGCUCUGGGGUUUCAAAACAUUAUCGUCAUAACGAAUAGUUAUUAUUAUUAAGUGUGAAGCAAGGCGAAUGUUUACAAACUGGAUGAGGGAAGAAUAGGAAAGGGGGCAUCUAGAGCAAGCUAACAAGGGACACCAGAUUGUUACUAAACUCAUUUCAAAUUGUUUGUUUACGAAGAUAUAUUUCGCAUCUUCAAACAUGAGCAUAAAUUAAAAUGCUAUUUGUCUUAUCAAAAUUCUAUGGGAAAAUUGCUAUGGUCGUACAUCGCCAAGCAUAUUUCAAACUCGCUGGGUAUUGCCAAGCAUAACUUUCAAAAUUUCUAUUUUAAGCGUCUUUACUAAAUCGCAUUAAAAAUCAUGAGCGAAAGACUUUUUCUGGAUUCAUUUUAGAAAAAGGCGUCAGAGACCGUUAUACAACUCGCAUAGAGCGGAUCGGACGAUCGUGCGGCCUUGAAGUGUUUUACCAGGAGGUCACCCGACAAGAAAAAGACAUGAUUGUAAAGGCCAUGGGUUUAGCACAAGGGAAAUGGUUCAAGUGUCCGAAGGGUAAGUAUAGUAUCUCAUCCCCAGUCUCCAAGAGUAUUUUUCCAGCUGUUGAUGCAUUUGAAGGGAAUCUUCAGCAAACGCCCCCUCAACUCAGCCUCUGUUCUUCCUUCCGUGGAAAUUUUAAAUAAUCGCCCAGGCUACAUCACCUAUACAACAUUCUCGCUCUUACUAAAUCAAUUACCCUGGUGUCCACUUUGAAUGAUCGUCGGCUGUAUUAUUAUUCUUAUCUCAUUAUAGGACACAUUUACUGCAUCACAGAGUGUGGUGGUGCAAUGGAAGAGGCCCGCUGCCCAGAAUGUGGCUCAACGAUUGGUGGUCAUAAUCAUCGUCUGAGAGAUGAUAAUCGAUUAGCAAGUGACAUGGAUGGAGCUCGUUAUGCUGCCUAUUCUGACAUGGCAAAUAUCCACAAUUUUGACCCACAUGACUUACAAUUUUGAUGACAUUUUUUUUUUAUUUUGGCGUUGACAUUUUCUUUACCAUAAAUCAUGAAACCUCAUGAAACCUGUGUUGAAGGAGAAAAGCGUAGACUGUGCUUUUACACAGCUUUCUUUUCCGUAGUUGUAAGUAAAGAUUGGAUCAAGGUAGUGUUCAAGAUUGAAGAUUCAGUAGGCAGUGUUUUUGACGGUCUUUUUUUUGUUGUUGCUGUCAUGUUACUUCACGUUUGUCAGUAUUAUGUGUAUUUUGGUGAAUUUUUAGCCAUGAGUAUACUUUGGGAUGGCAAUCAAGAGGGCCUUGCAUGUUGUUAGCGUUUUAUUCUGGACAAAUUUGUCCACGUUAAAAAGACUUUUAGCCAGCUUAGAUAGCUUUAAGUGUAACGGUUACUCCAAGUUUAAAAGGGUUUAUUUCUUUUCUCUUUUCCUUCUAACAUCUAACAAGGGAUAGUGAUAAUAAGCGUUGAGACAUAAGAGACUCACAAGAACGAAGAAUUGUCGACUUCUGACAGCUCGUCAGGACGUCCGGAACGCGGGUGUAUACAGAGAAAAUUUAGCUAUUUGAACACAUGUGAAGAGAUAAAAGAGAUAGGAAGGGAAACCUCCGGAAGCCAGGGAAUUAUAAGAUGAGUACACCACUGAAGGGGUAACUAAUUAAAACGGAGUACACACGAUCAUUUGAAUUUAUUUAACGUGGCAAGGAGCUACAAUAGGUUUAGAGUUUAGGAAUGGUUUUAAAAUCAGUAAAAAAAAAAAGCUGUCUUGAAUUCAAAGCUGCUUUGAUAUCUGAUGGUGAGAGUUCCAUAGUUUUGGGCAUCAAAAUAAUAGGAACCGUAAGCGACGAGAACGUUGACGUCCAGGACGUCAAAAACGGCAACCGCCUUAGCAAAUGCCCUGAAUUCUUUCGGUGCCCCGAUUCGACAAAAAUCGUACAUCGGGAUUUAAAACAAAGGCAUUCAGAUUCUUUGCAUGAGACGGAGGCGUAUCAUCAAGCAAGUCGCCGUUUUUGCUUUUGGAAUCCGGCAUCCUAGACAUUUUUGCUUGUGAAAUCCAGUAUACGGAAUCCGACUAAAGAUUGGAAUCCGGAAUCCAAGUUCCACCGACAAAGAUCUGGAAUUCAGUACCUGCAUUGGAUCCGGAAUCCACGGCGUGGAAUUUAGAAUCUAAAACUGUAUUGGAUUCCCUUACGUGGGGCGAAACGAGACAUCAAACUUCCGGUUGCUAUUCAUGAUAUCCGGGACGUCAGCGUUCUCGCUGUUUUUAAAACUCGCUAAUAUUGUGAGUAGACCAUGUUGCAGUUGUAAACUGAGUAUUCUGGCUUUGAGCGAGACUGGUGGUGACCCUGUCUUGACAGAAACCUCAGUUCUUUUCAAUUGCAAAUCAAAGACAACAAAGUCACCACAACCCUCACUUUCAUUUAAACGCUAUGUGUGCUCAGCGUGCAACUAAAAAUAUUGACAUACUGCUUUAUAUUAGGGAUUGGAGACGAACGGGUAGAGGGAGGGGCUUGAAGGUAAUGAGGCGUUUUAGUAAGUUCCUGCAAUUAAUGUUACAAACUCAACUAUUAGUAUUAUCUAUUUUUAAAUACAUUGAUCGGGUAUUUAGCAGAUGUAAGUUAGUUACUUGCAUUAAACUUUGCAAGGGUAAUUUCAUGAACCAGUUCGUAAUAAAGAGCAAUCGAGAUA